AUGGCGCAGCUGUGUGGGCCGAGGCGGUGCCUGGUGCUCCUUGUCCUGCUGGCAUCACUGUUCCUCUUCCGUACUGAGGCAGCCGACGAAGAAGGUGGCGUCCACGACUUCUGCCACGUUUCGAAAGUGGUGGGGCGAUGCCGGGCCGCCUUCCCAAGGUGGUGGUACAACAUCACGGACGGGUCUUGCCAGCAGUUUGUGUAUGGAGGCUGUGAAGGGAAUAACAACAAUUACGUAACCAAGGAGAUGUGUAUGGAAAAAUGCGCCGGAGUCAAAGAGAAUGCUGUUCAUGUGCUGCUCACCAACAGGAGUGGAGCUGUGUCCUCUGUCCCGAGUGAUCUCAGAAGGCAGGAUGACCUAGCCAGCAACAUCUUCAACUACGAAGAGUACUGCACUUCCAAGGCGGUCACCGGGCCGUGCCGCGCAGCCUUCCUUCGCUGGUAUUUUGAUGCUGAGAAGAACGCCUGUGACCACUUCAUCUAUGGAGGCUGUCAUGGUAACAAGAACAACCAUCGAUCUAAGGAGGAGUGCAUGCAGCGCUGCUUUGGGAAGCAGUCCUAUCCAAUCCUGCCCAGCGGCUCUAAAGUGAUGGUCCUGGCCGGGCUGUUUUUGAUGAUCCUGAUUCUCUGCCUGGGAACCUCGGUGGUCUGCCUCAUCAGGUUGGCUCGGAGGAGCCAGGAGCGGGUCCUUCAAACUGUCUGGAGCUCCCAGGAUGACAAGGAGCAGCUGGUGAAGAAUACCUACACCCUGUGA